CUGUCGGAUCCAGCAUCCGGAUACCCUCCGACAGAGGGCGCGCUGGGCAUCCGACGAAGGCGAUGGGGGCGUGACCAAAUGAGAUAAAAGCGGGGGGUUCGUUAUCUCGGGAGGCUCUUUUUGGUUUGGAUUGCGAAGAGAGACAAUAAAUCUGGUAUGUGGUCUGUUUGAAUCUGCUUGUGUGCUGCUUGUUCUUUUGCGCGCGGAACGGACGGGUUGACGCCCCGAGGUUGUGGGAACUUAGGUUUCCACAACUGGCGCCCAACGUUUGGGGUUCGAGCCCGUCUGUUCCGUGGCGGGGAACACGCUGCACUGUUUGGUUGUACUAGUUUUUGUGUAGUUGAGUAGUUUGUUGUAGUUUGUAGUUUAUUGCUGUUGUUUCUUUGUGUGUGUGCAUUUUUCGUGUUUUUUCUUCGAGUUUUUCAGCUCCCACCCGGUGGACGAGCCCUCGGAGCUGAUGGCUGACAAGGCGAAGGUGCCCACGCCGCAGUCAGACGCCAUUGCAACGGCAGAACUCCUGUCACGCAUGACGGAGUUGUGCUCGUUGGUGGUUCAACGCCUGGAUGCCGGGUUACACCGAUAAGAAGUCUGUUGCCGAUUUCCUGGAUGACCUCACCGCCUAUCAGACGGGUAUGGGAAUUUCGGAUGAAGUCCUAAUCCAACGCAUCCUGCAGGUUGCUUUGGUCGGAGACGCCGCCCGCUGGCUUCGGUUGCAAUCGGAGUUUACGUCCUUGCAGGACUUCCAGGAGCGGUUCAAAAACGAAUUUCUUCCCCCGGAUUACGAAUACCGUGUCCUAGAGGAAUUGCAUAAGCGUACUCAACAUCCUGAGGAAAGCUUAUCUGAAUUCGUUCGGGCAUUGCAGGAUCUGUACAGCAGAGCGGAUCCCACUGCAACGGAAGAGCAGCGCGUCGCACGGGCGAUCCGUCAGUGCCACCCGCGCUUCCGGCCCUACUUAAGAGCCCAUCGCUUUAAAACCCUUGAGGCGUUGGCCCAGGAGGCUCGUUCAAUACAAGGCGACCUCCUGGCAGAGCUUGAAUACCGGCCCCCUCCGCCCCCGGAGCUAGCGUUGGAACCGCGCUGCGCGUGGUCGGGAGGAGCCGCCUCGGUCGAACGCCUGCAUGCAACAGGUUUGGGUGACAACCCCCGUAAUUCAUACAAUGCGGAGUCAUCCCACCGAGCCCUAGAUCCGUUCCUCUAUGACCAGAGGACGAUCCCCGCAGGAACGAGCCUUGACAGACCCGUCCCGCCCCGAAGUCGCAGUCAACCUGGCCUUUCAGCUAGCGAAACCCCACGGCAGCGGGAGCGGCAUCAUCCUGCGCCCCCGCAGCCAUGAGCGCCCAACGGCUGUUGGAAUUGCGGCAGCCCUGACCAUUUUCGUCGGGAAUGCCCGCGACAAAGACCGAACACCCGUAAUGUGCCAUCGGGAAACGGUCGCAGCCGGCGUCCAUGAAUGCUCGCUCAACGACGUCGGCUAGUUGCGAUGAAAGCGAGCAGACGGUUACUAUCCGUGGCCUUGAUCAGUCAAAAACUAGCUUUGCAAGCGGUAAGAUAACGCAAAGAGAUGCUUUGGCUCCUCUUGCUUUUUCUGUCCGAGAUUACAUCGAGGAUAAGGAACCAAACAUCGCCGUUCGAAUUUUGGGUAAAGAUUACAUCGCCCUUAUCGACACGGGAGCUACGCUUUCCCUUAUCGGGGAUAGUG